AAAAAAUAUCAAUUUUGCAAAAAAACCUUAACGUUUUUAUAAUUCUCGGGGUCGAUUUUAUAUUACAACUUGAUUAUAAAAACCCAUCAAACUUUAAAACCAUUUCCUAUUGUGUUUACUUUUGAUUACAAUCAGCUGAGUUUUGUUGUCAUUGUUUUAAAUUGUCAUCGAAAUUACGCCUUAUAUCCACAUCUGUUAAUUUGCGAAUCAAAUAAAUAAAAUGAACGAAAUAAAAUCCCUCGAACAUGCAACUUUAAAGAUUUAUUUAUACCCUAAGUCGGAACCAAACUCUUUUUGUUCUUUUCUUAAUUUUUUAAUACAGGUAGAAAAGCUGACAACAAUGAAACGCAAAGCCUCAGAAGCUAUCAACGAAGAGGUGCAAGCCGCUUAUGUUUGCAAGAAGCGGCUCGAUCACCUCAAGGAGCAAGCUGAAGCCUUACAGGAUCCCGUUGCUGCUCAAACUUCUCUGAACCAAUGGCGCAAGGUUCGCUUGGACCGAAUGUUGGUGGACUACUUCCUGAGGAACGGUUACUAUGACUCCGCUACCAAGUUGGCGGACGCUAAGGAUCUGCGCGACCUCACUAACGUUGACAUCUACCAGGCGGCGGCGCAGGUGGAGCGCGAGCUGGCGGCGCGGCGCACGGCGCGCGGCCUGCAGUGGUGCGCCGACAACAAGUCCAAGCUGCGCAAGAUCAACUCCACCAUGGAGUUUAAUAUACGCAUACAGGAGUUCAUAGAACUGGUCAGAGCUGAGCGGCGGCUGGAAGCUGUGCGUUACGCCAAGAAGCACUUCUCCUCGUACGAAGAGGGCCAACUCCGAGAUAUCCAGCACUGUAUGGGCAUGCUGGCCUUCCCCAGCGACACGGGUAAUUACAUUACACACUAUGCCAGUACAGUUAAACAUAACUACGGGGAAAAGGCGCUAAAGGAGAUGAUGAAGGAACACGGAUCUAUCACCUGCCCCAAGACCAAGGAGGUGUUCUGCAUGAAGCGUGUAGAGAAAGUCUAUGUCAUGUAAAACUGCACAUUUAUAUAAAUAUAUGCCAUAUAUUAGCAUUUAAAAACCUAUAUUUCAUAUAUUUUUUUCAACAUACUUUGUAACCCCGUACUAAGACUCGGGUUUGUUUAAAUUUUAUUCUUAAGAUUAACUUCAUGCUGAUUGGCUUUAUAUUUUUGUAGAGUUAUUAUUGUUUAAUUCAACGUUUCUUGUAUUAAAAAAAACCCUUAUUUUAACAUAUAAAUUGAGUAGAAUCUCUGUUUUUUUUUUUUAAAUCAUAGUCAACUACUUGAUGUGAAAUUCAAAAUGGCUGGUGCUGUUCGUCCAUUUUGAAUUCAUUUAUUUUAGUGUUAUUUUAUCUUUUAAAGUUUUAAUAAAGGAAUAUAAGCUAUCCUAUUGUGUAACUUUGAAAAAUAAAUUCAUAUUGUAAAAA